CCUCGUUACUUCUGUUCCGUUGGUGGCGGAUGAGGACCGGAGAUCUGAGGUUUAGCCGGAUCGGUGUGUUUGUCUUUGGAAAGUUUCUGGUGUUGAUCCAUGUACCAGUACCAGUACUUAUUCGUGUAAAUAAGGUUCAUAUUGGACGAAUGCAGCAGUAUCAAAUGGCGAAUCAUAGUUAGCCAAGUUGUGGGGAACGUGGGACAACAUCCAGUGUCUCCCACGAGGGUGCCUGUUGGAUUCUCCUCGUUUGGAUCAAUCGAGUGCAGUCUUUGACGGAUUCUAAAAAGCUGUAAUGAUGCUGUGAUAAUUUCUUGCUUCUGUGAAAAGGUUGAGGUAACCAACUAGAUAACGCAGAGAACACGUUAAGUGCGCCUGGAUGGAAUUGGAAUUAACUUUAAAAACUAGAUAAGGAAAUACCUCAGAGGAAGCAAUCGAUUUAGCUUAGUUACUACAUCCCAAAAGGUGACUGUUCCUUUCAUUUGAGAUGAAAUGGUUAUCACUCUGGUGAAGAAAUAACAGGUGAUGCAUGCACUUUUUCUCUGUUUUUAAUUUUUUAUCUGCACUGCAUGACUGGAUGCACUGCUGCCUGCUGCUCAGCUCUGUGAUCAUUCAUAAAUGUGAUCAUGUUGGCUACAUGCUGCUAUAUCGUGUUGCAAGAAAUGCUAUUUAUGUGCACCUUUGCCCGUUUGCUACUAUGCUUGACUAUGCCGACAACCACUAGCAUGUUAUGGCAAGAAAUGAGCAAUUCAUGUGCACCUUUCCCCAUUUGCUACUAUGUUUUGUCUAUGCUGGGAACCCCUAGAUCGUUCAUGUAUUUCUUGUAGCUGCAGUCUUGUUCAUCCACCAAGGAACAAGCAGUAUUUUGAGCUGUUGUUCAAUUUGUGGUGCCUAUAGAUGCGGUAUACAGAUACAGUCCAGUUGACCUGGGAAGAUAGAGAGGACAAGCAUGAGCCUCAAUUUAUCAGCGCUCUAAAGGCUGACUCAGGUGCCUGUGAUACAUCUCGGGAAGUUGCCAACCUAAAGUCACAGCUGUUAUCAUUGGAAAAGAAAAACGCUGAAUUUAGGAAGCAGAUCAAUGAACUAUCAAUGAAGGUUCAGUUGGCUGGACAAGGGAAAAACGAGUUCCUGCAUAAGGCUGGUCCAUUUGGUACAGUGAAGGCUCUGAGAACAAAUCCAACAGUCACUCAAGAUUUAUCCAUCAAUCCCAGAUUGGCAAAGAUAUUGGAACAGGUUGCUGUGAAGAAAGAACUCAUAGUUGCCUUGGCAAACUCUAAUGUGAAAGAGAUGCUUGAGAUGUGGUUCACUAACAUAAAACGGGCGGGUAUUUCAAAUUAUUUAGUUGUUGCAUUAGAUGACAGCAUAGAGAACUUCUGCAAGUCCAAUGAUGUCCCAGUUUACCGUCGGGAUCCUGAUGAUGGUAUUGACAAUAUUGGCAAGACAGGUGGAAAUCAUGCUGUUUCUGGACUCAAAUUCCGCGUAUUGAGGGAAUUUUUGCAGCUGGGGUACAGUGUUCUCCUCUCUGAUAUUGAUAUAAUUUUCUUCCAGAAUCCCUUUAAUUAUCUUUACAGAGAUUCGGAUGUAGAGUCCAUGAGUGAUGGCCACAACAAUAUGACAGCUUAUGGAUUCAAUGAUGUUUUUGAUGAGCCUUCAAUGGGCUGGGCAAGAUAUGCACAUACAAUGCGUAUAUGGGUUUAUAAUUCUGGAUUCUUUUUCAUAAGGCCGACGAUUCCUUCAAUUGAGCUUCUGGAUAGGGUAGCUGGUCGGCUUUCUCGGGAGCCCAAAUCAUGGGACCAAGCAGUUUUUAAUGAGGAGCUGUUUUUCCCAUCACAUCCUGGGUAUGAAGGUCUUCAUGCAUCCAAAAGAACCAUGGAUAUCUACCUCUUCAUGAACAGCAAAGUUCUGUUCAAGACUGUGAGGAAGGAUGCUCAUCUGCGGCAGUUGAAGCCGGUGAUUGUGCAUUUGAACUACCAUCCUGACAAGUCGGAUCGCAUGAAAGCUGUGAUUGAAUUUUAUGUUAAUGGGAAACAAAAUGCUCUCGAACAUUUCCCUGAUGGGUCAGAAUGAUAGAAAGCAGGUUUUGUAGAUCAGAAAAAAAAAAUGACACUCUUAGUACCUAGUCGUCUUGAAACUCUGAAUGAAAGCACUCCGUAGUCGUUUUAAAUCCUCUGUGCUUGAAAUGACAGCUUUCACUGAGCAUCUAACUCGGUACAGUUCUGUACUCAAGUAUUGGGAAGCACACAACCCAUGUUUUAUACAUCAUGGCGUUUCGUAUAAGCAUUAUAACAGUAAAAUAA